AUGGCUGAGGCCACCUUUCGGAUCAGCCUGCUCCCAGAUGAUGUCCGCGCCAGAGUCUCGUCAACAUGCGAUAUCACCACACCAGAGUCUGUCAUCGAAGAGCUGGUCAGAAAUGCCCUGGACGCGGAGGCCCGGUCGAUUGUUGUCGAAGCGGACUUUGCGAGAGGUUACAUUGCGGUUUGCGACGAUGGCAAUGGCAUCAAAGAGGUGGAAUUCUCGCAGCAAGGGCAACUCGCCAAAUUACACUGCUCUUCUAAGUUCAACGCGCCGCAUCCAACGUACGGGCGUUACGGCCGCUUUCUCUCCAACCUCUCAUUCAUAUGUCUGCUGUUCAUCGCCUCCCAGCAUCAUUCCGAGUCGACCGCAAGCCGGUUGGUCCUUCACCGCGGCGUCGCCGUGAAUCGCGAGGUGGGCAUAUGCAAAGAGGAGGUAGGACUCAUCCGCCAAGGCACCAAUGCCGUGGUACACAAUCUCUUUGGCGAUGUUCCUGUUCGACUCAAGCAGUUGUCACUACGCUAUUCUUCUGCGCUGGAGACGGAGAGGGCGUUCGAACGGGUAAAGAAGAUGCUUGUCGGAUACCUACUGGCAUGUCCUCGCCCGGUGGAGAUGCGGUUUACGUUGAGAGGCGAAAAACAACGCAGUCUUCGUUGCAGCUCGUCCCAGGUGGGCAGCACGCCGUUCUCACUGGAGUCUACCGUAUCUAUUUUGUUCCAGUCAAAGUUCCUGGGCACUCUAGACACGAAGCAGUGGCGUUCAGCCUCUGUCCGAACAGGUCACUUCUCCAUUCGCGCCGCCAUCUCGACACAUCCAGCACCGUCCAAGGCGGCGCAGUUCAUCUCGCUUGGGCAAGUUCCAAUUUGGCGUAGCAAGGGAGCCAAUUUUUUGUUUGAGACAAUCGACCGUUUGUUCGAGGCAUCAAAUUUCGGGGCCUUGGAUGACGAGCGGACUGUAUCAGGGAACCGAAGUCGUCGCCGAGAAAGGGAUCAGCCCAUAACAGAAGCCAGCAAAUUGGGCAAAGGCGUCGAUAGGUGGCCGAUGUUCUACCUUCGCAUUGACAGCAAGUUGGAACAAAUCCCCUGGUUGAUGGGACAAGACGAACUUUCGGCAGAGGCGAUUCCGGUCACAGACCAUCUGACAAAGGCAUUAGAAUCGCUAAUAUCUCACUUCCUGACCAGCUCUGGGUUCGCUCAUCACCCGAAGCCAGGAGACGUGAGUAGGUCACGCGCUGGAAUAAAGCACAAAGAUGACCCCGUUGAUCACUUGCAAUCAAAGCUGCCUGUUUCUGAGCUUUCACGAAAUGCAACUGAAGCUCGGUAUCUGAGCUAUUGGAACAGGGUGAAGAGUGCGUGGCCAUCAGGGGAGAAUUUCCGCUAUGGCUUAGGCCUUGACGGGACGGUGGAAGGCGUCCCACCACCUGCAGAUAUUCUAGAAGCGGAUCGCUCCCCUGUCGAUACUCGUUGUCAAGAGAGCGAAGCGGGCAUAGGACUGCAUAAUACACAGGUUGCGAAUGCUGAGGGGGCCGACAGUACCACCGACCUCGUGUGGACGAAUCCACGCAACGGUCAGAUGAUUCAUCUCAAUCCGCGCACUGGAGCAAUCGCGCCUGCAGCAGGAUCGCAGGGUGACGGUCGUUUGGAGGAAUGUUACGGACAUUCGAGCCGAGCUCGGAAGUUCCCAAAUCCACGAUCCGGUCGUACGAUGCCUCAACCAAAGCCGCCAGCUGAGACCCUCCAGAAAUACUCUAGGACAGCUGGUGCACAGCGCCCCGAGGCACCUAUUACAAGCAUCGCACGUGAGGAGUGUCCAGCUCUGAGAGGAGAACAGCUUGGCCCUGGACCUGCAACCAUCGCCAUUCCCUCUUCUCAGGCUGUGACGAGGCGCGCGCUUUCUGCGGCAAGGGUGAUCCAACAGGUCGACCAGAAAUUUGUGCUCGCUGCCGUCUCGGCUCCCACCAAGCACACUGAAGGUUCUGAGAGCAGCCUUCUCAUUCUUAUCGACCAACAUGCGGCCGAUGAGAGGAUAAAAUUCGAGCAGUUGUGCCAAGAGUUCUGCAGGCGAACUUGUACUACACUGUCCAGGCCACUGAGCUUUGAAGUCAACGAAACUGAGGUACGGCUCCUGGAGGAGCAGAAAGCCCAUUUCCAGAAGUGGUGCCUCAGCUACAACCUCAAUAAAGUUCCGCGAGACUUGACAGACACCUGCAAGCGUUCAGUGUGGAUAGUCGAGGUUACUGCACUGCCGAGUCUGCUUGCGGAACGUUGUCGAGUGGACCCAAAACUCCUCAUCGAUCUGAUGAGACGAGAGAUAUGGUCAGACCGAGUUCGCCUUCAUUCCUCUGCAGCCCACCUCGUCGAUCAAACUGGGCAGAACUGGUGGUCAGACCUCGCACGUUGCCCGCAGGGCAUGAUCGAAAUGCUCAAAUCUCGAUCGUGCCGCACUGCCAUCAUGUUUAAUGAUGUUUUGGAACCUGACCAAAGCCGCGAGCUAGUCCGAAAGCUUGCUCAUUGCAGUUUCCCUUUCCAAUGUGCACACGGUAGACCCACCUUGACAGUGGUGGCGGAUUUUCAGGAUAUCGAAAGCCUCAUCCCUGCCAUCAGCGCACACACGCGCAUCCGCGACUUCGCUGUUGGAUAUGGCGACGUUUGGAGACGUUGGAUCGACACCGACUAA